AUGUCGUUCGGCCACGUCGUCUUCAUCGGCCUCAUCGCCCUCGCGCUUGGAGUUGCGUGCUGGUUCGGCGCGCGUCCAGGGAAGAACCAGGUUAUCUUCCGCUCCUCGGCGCUCCUCACGAUCACCUGCUGCUACGUCAUGUGGGCCGUGACGUACCUCGCGCAGCUCAACCCCCUCAUUGCGCCUAUUCGCUCCGACCUUCGUGUGGAGUAA